CCGUACAGGAAGUGCCGACAUUCUACAACGGUCUAGAACCAUCGCGAUAGCUCGCAACGCGGUUUUCCAAAUAGACGCGACGGGAGUAUUAGGGAGCAUAUGUAAUUGUAUGGCAAACGCGCGCGCGCGCGCGCACGUGUGUGUACAUGCUACACGCACGUGCGACACAAUCGACCACGCUUUUACGAACGUUAGGCCCUUCCAGGCCCUUCUGCCCAGCGUGCCCAGGGAUGAUUUUAAACGAGUAGAAAGAGAAAAAAAAAUCUUCAACGGUUUUCUCAAUUUUCUAGAAUGUGUUCAGUAAUUUUUUUGGAGAUUAUCGUAUAAACGUGGGUGUGGAAAUGACUCUCACAAUGCUUUCCUAUAAUAUGUAUAUUAAUUUAUAAAUUGGGAUUCUGCUUUCGAAGAUUUAUCGCUAGAAAUACUCGGAUUUAUCACUUGGAGUUGCUUAUCGAGGAUCGGCGCGGUCGGCAUCGUCUCCGCCGUGUCCAGUCUCGGGGUCGUGAGCUAGUCUAUUCGCGAAGCAUUGGUGUGCUCGCUCUCUUUUCAUCGUAGAACCAUGGAUCCCGGCGUCCUGUCGCGGUUGAUACCCCAGAGCAAGGAGCAGGUGCGACCGGCUUGCAAAAAGUGCGGGUACGCCGGGCACUUAACCUAUCAGUGCCGCAACUUCAUCAAGAUCGAUCCCAACAAGGAAAUCGUGCUGGACGUGAGUAGCACGAGCUCGGACAGCGAUGAGAAUUACGUCACGCCGUUAACGGAGUUGCGUGAGCGCGAGCUACGAAAGAAGCUGCGAGAGGCGAAGAAAAAGCGUCGGGAGAAGGCCAAGAAGAAGCGCAAGAGGAAACGCGAGAGUUCGGAGAGCAGCGAGUCCGAAUCUGAAUCAUCAUCAUCGUCCUCAUCAUCGUCAUCGUCAUCGUCGUCGUCGUCGUCGUCGUCCAGUGAGGAGGAGAGGAAACGCAGGAAAGAAAAGAAGAAGAAGAAAAAGAGCUCUAAACGCAAGAAACACAAGAAGCACAAGCGAGAGGACGGUGGAUCAUCCAGGUACGACGGCUGCAGGGAAAGAAAAUGAAUUGCUCAUUCAGCGGAAGUUCGCGGUCCGUUCCAGUUCCUUCUACCGUUGAAUAUUGAACGAUGCGUGACUGACGUUUUCGUAAUCGUGUUCGCGUGUUCUGCCGAUCUUUUGUUUUAUUUUCUAUUUUGACGAAAGAACAUAAUCUUGCUGUAUUCGCGGAUUCGAAUUUGUAAAUAAAAAUAUAUUUUUUAUUUGUACUGAACUGUGAUGUCCCUAAUAAAGAAUCUCGGUUUGCAAAAACUGUGAAAACAUGCUGUGAAAA